UUAAGGCUAUAAACAUGUGAAGUGGAUAAAUGAUCAAGUGCUAUUGUCAUUUCUUUCUUUGUUCGUUACAUACUCUCAGCUAUAACUUGAUUGGCAGCAUCAUGAAGAUGAAUUUUGUUCAUUUCAUAUCAGUGUUGUCUUUUUCAUCUCUAUUGUUUCUGGCGGUAUCAGCAUUAACAGACGAGACAAAUUCAACAGUAACAGGCCACACAAAUUCAAAAGAUGUGAAGGGGAUACAGGUUCUACUAGAUGCUUAUCCUAUGCUUGAGUAUUUAGCAACGGAUGAUGAAAAUGAAUCUGAUGAUCCAUGUCUUCCCAUUACAAAGUAUUCAUGGACUAACUGUACCUCCGAUGUCACUCCUCGAAUAACAGCAUUAAAUCUUGGAUUUUCUGGAGCAAUGUCUAAUGCAGAUCUCCCAGAUUUUAGUGUCAUGGAUGCACUUGAAAUCAUAGACUUGAGCGAUAACUUUUUGGGCCAUGAAUUUCCAGAUUUUCUUGCGGACUUCCCUAAACUGAAAGUGCUGAAUUUGGCGAAUAACUAUCUCACUGGAACAGUGCCUACUUCAUUAAGGAAAAAAUCGAACGAAAAAAAGUUGAAGUUGACGUUGACAGGAGAGUCAAUGACUGAGUUGUGUUAUUCCGAUCAAGACGUAUGCCCAACCGCAGCUGGGAGGAAACCUUCACCAGGAACGGAUGAGGAAACAGAAACUUCAUCAGGAACUGAUGAGGAAACAUCACCAAUGAGAAGUGGAAAAAAGAAAACGACACCAAUUGUGCUCGGAAUUUUAAUUCCAAUUUUUCUGAUUUUCUGGGCUGUUGUUGGAUUUCUUGCUAUCAGACAUCAAAAGAGAAAGGCUGCUGCAAUGGCAGGGCAAAUAUAUGGGAACUCAGGGCCUGCAAUACCCAUGUAUGGAAAUACUAUGAGCCCUAGUCCACUGCUACCUGGAGUGAACUAUAAAGACUUUGGGAUUGCCGCGAAAAAUGUUAUACCCGAUGAUCAGGGAGUAAAAAAUGACCAACAAAUGCACCAGACUGUUUAAGCUAAUUGAAUGAGAACUUAAAUUGGUGCCAACUUGUUGUUUUGAAUAUAUCUCGUCAUUGUUGAAUAUUCAAUUCUUAAGUUUUGGUGAAAUUUAUUUUGUAUCAGUGCCACCCGGAAAUUUGUCAACAAUAUUUGUACCUUUUGUUCUUAAUAACAAUGCCAA